AACUGUACUUAAUAAAAUGACUAACCAUGUGAUCCUUGGGCGUUACGAAACGAUUAUUCUCUUAAAGAGACGACCUUUUACAAUUUCAAACACGUAUUCAUUCUUCAUUUCUUAAUAAGAUGAGGAAAAGAAAAAUUUAAUGUUUAUUUUCUUUUUAUUAGUUUACGGUUAUAGAAAUUUUAGCAACUUAAUAUUGAGAUGUAAGCCUUAAUAUUAGUUCACAGUUAUGCUCCCUUUGUUUAGAUUAAAUCUCUCGCUGAUUCUGGUCAACUGUGCGUGGUUAAUUGGGUGGAUUUUUUUUUUUUGGUUCACACUUUAAAAGGAUGGGGGUUUACAAUUCUCAUCUUUUGAUUGGAUGAGAGUGUUGACAACUCUUUGUUAUUGGUUCGGAACUCAGCGACUUUAAAAGGACAUGAAAGUGACACAAUGUUUCAAUACGAGGUCAAGUGGGUAAAAGACUCGAAUUAUUUGGAGCCAACAUGUAUAGAUAAGCAUUUCAUUAUUUACUAAUUGUACAAGAAAACAAAGAUUUAGUUGAUCUUGAAUAAACUAAUGCAGAAUCUUGGAAGAUGGGUCAACAACGGCGAGAGUUUCUUGAGAAUAAUUAUAAUUAAGUCCUUGACUCUGUUUUCUUGGCUUACUUUCUCUUGUGUACUAAUCGGAAGGAGAUCGUUCUUGGAGACACAAGAACGCACAUAGGGAUGACAACGUUUUUCUUUGCUUGUUUCAUUUUGUUUACAAUGUUCUUGAGUUUGAGCUACGAAGCAAUAACGCCAACAAGUCCUUUGUCAAUAGGCCAAACUCUCAGCUCGUCCAACGGUGUUUAUGAAUUGGGGUUCUUCAGUCCUAAUAAUUCCCAAAAUCAAUAUGUUGGAAUCUGGUUGAAAGAUACUGUUCCCCGGGUCGUUGUAUGGGUGGCCAAUAGAGAAAGUCCUGUUACAGACUCCACGGCAAAUCUAACUAUCAGCACCAACGGAAGCCUUCUCUUGAAUACUGGCAAACAUGGUGUUGUCUGGUCCACUGGAGAAAAUUUUGCAUCUAACGAGUAUAGCGCAACUUUGUCAGAUGAUGGAAACCUCAUGGUAAUAUUAGACAAUGCUUCGAGAAGAAUUAUAUGGCAAAGCAUUGAUCAUCUUGGUGAUACUAUGCUCCCUUUCUCAACCCUGACGUAUAAUCUCACCACCGGUGAGAAGCGGGUGUUGACUUCUUGGAAAAGUUACACUGAUCCCUCUCCUGGCGACUUUGUGGGUGAGGUUACACCACAAGUGCCACCACAGGUGCUUACUAUGAAAGGCUCGACGACGUAUUGGAGAAGCGGUCCAUGGGCUAAAACAAGGUUCACCGGGAUACCAGUGAUGGAUGCAUCAUUAACAAGUCCAUUUAGUCUUCAGCAGGAUGCAAACGGGUCAGUAUCUUUCUCUUAUUUAGACAGGAACUCCAAACCUCCACGUAUAACACUAACAUCAGAAGGCUCACUGAAGAUUUUUCAGCAUAAUGGAACUGACUGGGAAGUAGACUUUGAGGCUCCGUUAGCCAAUUCAUGCGAUUUUUAUGAUGUAUGUGGACCCUUUGGGUUGUGUGUUAUGUCACCAUCUCCAAAGUGUAAAUGCUUCAAAGGGUUUAUACCAAAAUACACCGAGGAGUGGAAAAAAGGAAACUGGACUGGUGGUUGUGUGAGGCGCUCCGAACUAGAUUGUCAGGGAAAUUCUACUGGAAAAGCUGCAGACGUUUUCCAUGCUCUUGCCAACAUAAAGCCUCCAGACUUUUACAAAUUUUCAGCUACUUUGGAUGCUGAAGACUGCUACCAAAGUUGCCUCCAAAAUUGUUCUUGCUUGGCCUUUGCUUACAUUAAUGGAAUAGGGUGCUUAGCAUGGAACCAAGACCUAAUGGACGCUGUACAAUUUUCUGUGGGAGGAGAGUCUCUUUCCAUUCGUCUUGCACAUUCUGAGUUUGGUGGAAAUAAGCACAAGAAGACCAUCGUUGCCACUUCGGUGAGCCUUACCGUUUUUGUGAUCUUGGGAUUUGCUGCAUUUGGUUUCUGGAGAUGCAGAGUGAAACAUAUUGCGCAUAUAUCAAAGGAUGCAUGGAAUAAUGAUUUGAAACAACAAGAUGUCCCAGGUUUAGAUUUCUUUGAGAUGAAUACCAUACUAACUGCCACCAACAAUUUCAGUCCAUCAAACAAACUCGGACAAGGUGGAUUUGGUUCCGUUUACAAGGGGAAGCUGCAAGAUGGAAAAGAAAUCGCUGUAAAACGGCUUUCUAGCAGUUCCGGACAGGGCAAAGAGGAGUUCAUGAAUGAGAUAGUACUUAUCUCCAAACUCCAACAUAGAAACUUAGUCCGGGUUCUGGGAUGCUGCAUUGAAGGAGAAGAGAAGCUGUUAAUUUAUGAGUUUAUGGUAAACAAAAGCCUCAAUACCUUUAUCUUUGAUUCAAGAAAAAGACUCGAGAUAGAUUGGCCAAAGAGAUUUGAUAUCAUUCAAGGUAUUGCGCGUGGACUUCUAUAUCUCCACCGUGACUCACGCCUUAGGGUAAUUCACCGAGACCUGAAGGUCAGUAACAUUCUUCUAGACGAGAAAAUGAACCCAAAAAUAUCAGAUUUUGGUUUGGCUCGGUUGUAUCAAGGAACCGAAUAUCAAGACAACACUCUCCGCGUUGUAGGAACUUUAGGAUAUAUGUCUCCUGAGUAUGCAUGGACUGGAAUGUUCUCUGAGAAAUCAGACAUAUACAGCUUCGGAGUAAUGCUGUUAGAAAUCAUCAGUGGCGAGAGGAUCUCAAGGUUCAGCUAUGGAGAAGAAGGGAAAACCCUUUUUGCAUACGCGUGGGACUCUUGGUGUGAAACUGGAGGAAUUGACCUUUUGGAUAAAGAUGUUGCUGAUUCAUGUCAGCCAUUAGAAGUUGGGAGAUGUGUUCAGAUUGGUUUGCUCUGUGUUCAACACCAACCUGGGGACAGACCCAACACACUUGAGUUGCUAUCCAUGCUCACCACAACAUCGGAUCUUCCAUCACCAAAACAACCCACAUUUGUUGUGCACACGGGCGAAGAUGAAUCCCGUUUUAGGGAGUUGAUAACUGUCACUGAGACGACACAAUCUGUGAAAACCGAUGGUUGAUGGAAAUUGUAGAAUUGAGGUGUUUGGAUUGCUCAUGUUUUAGUUGACUUUUCAGUGUUCCCAUGACUUAUCUGUAAUUAGUUGUCCUUAAACUUGCUUCUGGUAAAGUUAAAAAGACUAAAAGAAUUUGUGUUAUUCAAGUCCCAAACUUAACUUGUUGCCUGCAAGAGCAUCAAAAGGGUGUUUAUAUCAUCAAUUUCCCUCACGUUGUAACACCCGUAUCCCAAACUCCAUAUAAAUCACUUUCCAAUUCCUUUGUAACUUUUAUUUUCCAACUAACCUUUCCUCAAAGUCAUUCUUAUUAAAAUAGCAUAAUAAAUCCAGUCUUAAACCCAGAGCAAAACAUCGUAAGAAAAUAACUCAAAAUCAACUAAUUAGAGGGAUCUGAUUGAUUGAUUAAUACUCUUAUCAACUGUUUUAUUCAUAUAAUCAUCUGACUUAUUAGUAUGGGUAGAAAACAACAUCAAUAUAUUCACUAUCUUUCUCUCAUUGUAUCUCUCUCUUUUGCUCCCAUUAUACUCUUUUUAUCACUCCACUGAUCGUCUCAUUCUCUUAAACAUUCCACACGCCUCCGUCUUCAUCUUCUCUAGCUACUGCCUCCAUCAUCAUACCUCCCGCGUCCCUGUCCCUACUGCUAACGUUGUGUUGUUUUUUGCUUUUCUUCACUUGUGGAGCUGAGAUGCGUCAUUAAUGGAGCUAAGAUGCUUGACUUAAGGAACUUUGCAACAUUAAGAUCCUCUACAUGGUCUACAAAGGGGUAAACAAGACGAUACAUACACGAUUUAGAGAAUUUAAGGUGUUUUCCAAAACCUCGGAAUUCAACUUUCUGGAGAGUUUUUCUUUCGGGAUUGAAGUAGCAAACAUAAAAUGGUUGAGACCUAUAUAUAUAUAGGCACGGGUACUCCAAGUUGGCGCCGUCUCACGUAUCGGGUUCGUCGGGGGGACAGGGACGUCUCGGGUACGCCUAGGAAACGUCCCCAAUAUGUGUGAGGUGAACCCGGGACGUCAAGACUCAUCGGGUACGGGCUUGGUCAGAGAAGAAGACGUUCGGGAAAGUUUCUGCAGAAAAUAGACGUAUCCAUCUGAAUUUUUGUAUUAUAAGAAGUGUAAAAAAUUAAACCAUAUAUGUUUUUAACCUUUGAUGUAUUUAUUCUUUUAAUUUUGAAAAGAUCAAAAGUUGUUAUUAAAAAAUAAAUAGUGUUUCUGUCUAUUAGAUUCUUCCACUCUCACUUUAGUCUCUUGCACUUCAAUCUUCUUUUCUUUGAAACUCAAGUCUCGACCAUAUCUCUCUCUGUGAUAUAUCAGCAGAACACAUAUGCACUUUCCUCUCCUUCUUGUCUUUUUGUUGUUUAUAUCACAAGCAAAACACGUAAGCAUUUUCUUUACCUUCUUCUUGUAAUUUUAUCUUACGAAAAUAAUUCAUAGACAAUAUUUCUGUGUUUUUUAUACAAAGAUGUGACUGACAGUUUAUAUGUAUCAUAUAGUUUUUUAGCUUAUUCUGUUGCUGUUUAGUAUUUUGAUCAAGUGUGUUUACUGCUGUUUCUGUUGAUGUCUAGUAUUUUUAUCAAGUGUUUGCUAUUGUUUCUUGAUGUCUAGUAUUUUGGUUAAGUGUGUUUGCUGCUGCUAAACUUAUGUUUCAGAUUUUAACAUUUUGACUAAUGGAUAUUUUUAUAUUUUCUUAUAAUAUGGUCGCCGUUUCUAUGCCGAACCCGUAUCUACAAAUUUGAAGUUUGACGUUUCCCGUCUCUGCUCCCUUCCCAGUUUCCGGUCCCCGUCCUGGUCCCGGGGCUGCUUAGUAUAUAGCUGCCCGUCAAAACAAUUUCACAGGCAGCAGUCAUCCCAACAACGUAAACAGACGGCAUGUUAAUACUUAAUAAUGAAUUUGUCAUCCCACACUGUGUAGAUAUUUUUUUACCAUUCCUGACUUUUGACAUCCUCUAGAACCCACAAACAUAACUCUGCCUUUCAUUAAGUUCCAGAGAGUCAUACCUAAUUUACCCAUAUAGUUUAUCAAUACACCAGAAAGGUUAUAUAAAUCAGAAAGAAAAAAACAAAUUAAAUAAAAAUAACUGGAUCGAACCUAUUUAAGGUCCGCGGUAAUGUAAGGCCCAACUUGAUUUGAAAAUCUUCCAGUGGAUCAUCCAAGAAAUUUUCUAAGUAGUGUACACCUGGUUUGGAUAGAACAUGGUUGGAUUUUUUUGUCAGAUUGCGGAAAGGAAAGAUAACGACGGAGGAUGUUGCAUAAUUGAGCGGUUAAAUGAUUUGAUUUUUUCCGUGGAAAUUAUGCAAGUAUUGACGAAAAAAAUUUGUCAACAAAUUGACAAAUUUAUUUGGACCAAAAGUAAGGUUUGGUCAACAUUGUUUAUAGGUGUUUGAAUAUAGUUCUCACAAAUACCUGACUUUUCAUUCUCUCUGUCUAUCUUGAUCGUGUUCUCUUUGCUCUUAUUUUCCGACGUUAAUUUGAAGGAACAUCCUUUUACUCCAGUUACAUUUAAAUUUUCUGUAAUGGUAACCAGGACUUUAGAAUCAACUAAGAGAGAUCUGAUUGGUUAAUAUUUUAAUCAUAUAGUAACAAGGCCAAACUAUGACGACAAUUCUCAUCUUCCCAUUGAUGUAUCACUACAAGAAAACACAUGCUUAACGACGAAAAUUAACGAGGAAAAACAAUCCUCGUAAAUUUGCGUCGAGUUUACGACGAAUUUA